AUGGCGGGGAACUUCACAGACUUUGGUGAUUUGGUUCUCAUAAUUGGAGACUUUCACGUGCCUCAGCGCGCUGUGGAUUUGCCUCCUUGUUUCCGGGAGCUGCUGAACACUGAUAAGAUCCGGCAUGUCUUGUGCACCGGGAACGUCGGUAGCCAGCAGGUCCUGGACUUCCUCAGGGGAAUAGCUGGCUCAGUGCACAUUGUUAAGGGUGACAUGGACGAGGGCUCUGACUUUCCGGAAUACAAGAUACUACAGUUUGGGGAGUUUAAAGUCGCACUUCUGCACGGCCACCAAGCAGUACCCUGGGGCGACGCUGACGCUCUCUUGCAGUGGCAGCGCCGGCUUGACUGCGACAUUAUAGUCUCCGGCCACACCCACAAUAAUUCCGUUAGAGAAGUGGAAGGGCGAUUUUUUAUAAAUCCUGGAUCAGCAACUGGAGCAUAUCAGCCAUGGGCAUCAUCACCGACGCCGAGCUUCAUGCUGAUGGCACUUCAGGGGGCAUCAGUAGUUUUGUACAUUUACGAAGAACGGGGGGGCAAGGCAGAAGUGGUCAUGAGCGAGUUUACAAAGCCGUCAAUGAAGUGA